AUGGCAACGAUGGAUGCCUCGGACAAGGAGUACCCGCUCACGGGCGUCGUCCUUUGCUUUACGUCGAUACUACUUGAGCAAAGAGAUGCAAUGAGCAAGAGCGCGGAGGAAAUGGGUGCAACCCACCGACUCGAUCUCACUUCAGACGUUACGCAUUUGAUCGUCGGAGACAUUAAUACCGAGAAAUAUCACUUUGUUGCGCGAGAACGUACCGAUGUGCUGGUGAUGACCCCGCAAUGGAUCGAGGCUGUCCGAAACUCGUGGAGACAGGGAGAAGACACGGAUAUUCACGCACUCGAGGAACAGUACAAACUGCCCGCGUUCUCAGGACUUACCAUAUGCAUCACUGGAUUUUCGGACUGUGGGUUAACGGAACUCCAUGGCACGAUACGCAACUUGGCUGACGAAUGUACCGAAGUGGCUUUCCGGGCCUACAUGCAGAAAACGGUUGCGGAGAAUGGGGCAGAUUUUCGCAAGGACCUGACCAAAAGUGUGACCCAUCUGAUUGCGCGCAACACAGAGGGAGAAAAAUACAAGUUUGCAACGCAAUGGAACAUCAAGACUGUCACCGUAAAAUGGUUCACCGACUCCCUCGAGCGGGGAAUGAUUCUCGAUGAGAGUCGAUAUCACCCAGACGUUCCGCCAGAGCAGCAAGGCGUCGGGGCAUGGAACCGUGCCUUACCUGCGAUUUCCAGAAAAGAAAAGGCAACCGCAGGGGAUUCGUCGAAUCCUCGACCCAGGAAACUGCGCCGAAUCGCAAGCACCAAGCUACGCGACCAGAAUGAGGGUAUCUGGGGAGACAUCGUCGGUACGGGCUUCGAAAAUGGGGAAACGAAAGGAUCAGCAGACGACCAGCAGAGACCCCAAGGAGUUGAAAAUUUUAAGCCUGUGAUUCAGGCAGCAAAGUCAUUUGCCAGCGAGACUACAUUUUCCGAGUCAGCAGAGAGUCGCCAACCGCCGACUGUACCUUCAAAAACAGCCGUGGGCUUUCUACACGGUUCUUAUUUCUUCGUCCAUGGCUUUUCGUCUAAACAGACUGGCGUAUUGCACCAACACCUUCAAUUCAAUGGAGCUCAGUUAGUGGAUUCUCUGAGUGAUUUUUCUAGUCCUAGAAUACCCAAAACAGGGCACGGGCUGUACAUCAUUGUGCCAUACAAAACUCCAAAGUCGGAGGUGCCAUCCACCGAUGACAUGGCAUUCGAGUGCGAGGUCGUGACCGACAUGUGGCUGGAAAGGUGCCUCGAUGCUCGAUCUCUGGUGUCACCAGAAUCACAUGUGGCAAGCACACCGUUCCCAAGAUUCCCUAUCCCAGGGUUCUCGGGAAUGCGCGUAUGCUCCACUGGCUUUGCGCGCAUUGACCUGUUGCAUCUAUCCAAGCUAGUCAACCUGAUGGGCGCCUCAUACGAUGAAUAUCUGACACCCAAAGCAUCUGUUCUACUAUGUAAUGACCCUCAGUCGGCGAGCCAUGACAAGCUUCGACAUACUAGUGAAUGGGGAGUCCCCGCGGUAUCAGCGGAUUGGUUCUGGAUAUCGAUCCAAACUGGGCAGAGGAAACCGUUUGAGCCCUAUGUUGUUCGACGACCGACAUCCCACCGGGGCAGUGGCGUGGACAAGCCAACAGGUGGGUCUGCAACGCGAAAGCAACCGCAAGAUCAGAUCAACAGCGGCAGCGCAAAUAGAUCAGGCACUUCCUCUGUGGAGCCCAGCAACAGUGUGAAGCCCGAGAAACAAGCCCCGAGAAGCGACAAGAACCGGAUAAUGCCCAUCAUUGGCGACGGCUUCUCCAAAGAGGAAGACAACAACCCUCCCAAGCCGACUAUCCCAGAGUCCCGGUCCCCAUCACCUGCCAACCCGUCCAACCCACCAGCCACUGACGAACUGACCGCAGUGCGUCCUUCGUCAAGCUAUUCGGCAUCCGCCGCCCCAUCCGCAUUAGAUACAGCGCUGAGCGGCUUGCUACAACAAGCCCGAGCAGCCAAAUCACGACAGCAAACGGAGAGUGUAACAACAAACGACGACGGGAGCAACCCGCCCCGCCGAAAGCGCAAGCCUCUCAUGGGCCGCGCCCCGUCACACUCCUCGACCCGAGUGCUCGAGCCCAUGGGCGCACCCUCGCGCGCCAGCUCCAUCGACACCCUCAACGAUGAUGGGCUCGGCAGCGCCUUGGACAGCGCCCAUCCCACGCGGGACAAUUCCAUGUCUCGCACCAAUAGUCGCAACGAUCAGAGCCUGUCAUCAAUGCUCAGUGGCGGGAAACUGGAUUUGCUGGGUGAACGUCUCCCGUUUCCUCGUGAGCACGAGCAUGAGGACGAGGAGAACCAGGAGCCCCCAAUGACACAACUCGACUACGAGGACCCCGACGCUGCUGCUAUGCGGGCGGAGUUCUUGAGAAAUGCUGGCAAGUUAGCUGGGAAGACUGCAAAGCCUGAUGAGCCUGGUUUUCUUGUCGGUGAGGUUCGCGAGCUGGAGGAUAUCGGGUGGGGUUCUGGUCGGAGGACGAGAAAACAUCCUAUCAAUGUUGAUGAUGAAUGA